ACUACGUUGGCACAUCGAAUACAUCGACAAAAGUCAGUUCUUGAAAUUCUAGCUGGGCAGUUAUGUACAAAACCCUAGAAAUCAUGUCUUCUUGACAAUCCUAUCCACUCAAACAUUGAUCAAAUUUCACCCGAGAAUGUCACUCUCUACUCGUAACCUCCUCAAAAAUUAUCAAUCACACUCUUCUUUAUACUCAAAAACCCCAUCAUUACAUCCCUCUUCAACCUUUAUUCAUUUCACAAAACCCCCCCUUUUUCAAUUUUUAAAAUAUCCAAUCCCAUGUAAAUCUUUGUAUACAUUUCACUCACCCAUCAGAGCUUUUGAAUCAGAUAAUGUAAACACAUAUAAUAAUCAAGAAGAUAAUGCUAGAAUUCUUGAUUUUGAUGCUUUUCUUUCGAUUGCGGAGUUUCUUUGUUUGGUUUCAUCUGCUGUUAUUUCAUUUGGGCUUAUCUUGAAACCCCAGAAGCCAAUUUUGGUUUGGUUGGGUGAUAAGGUUUCUGUGUGUCAGUUUUUGUUGUUGGGGGCAGGGAUUUUGAUAGGUGCCGUGAUUCGGAGAAGGCAAUGGAGGAGGGUUUGUAUGGGGUUUUCGAAACCAGGGAGUUUAGAGGUUAAUGUGGUUGAUAAGAUUGAGAAAUUAGAGGCAGAUAUUCGGAGUUUAGCGAGUCUGGUUAGGCUUAUGUCGAAGCAGUUGGAGAAGCUAGGGAUUCGUUUUCGGGUUACUAGGAGGACUUUAAGAGACCCUAUUGCGAAGGCUGCCGAUUUGGCCCAAAAAAAUUCAGAGGUCACUCGUGCACUUGCUACGAAGGAUGAUAUAUUGGAGAAUGAGCUCGGUGAAAUACAAAAAGUUCUUUUGGCAAUGCAGGAGCAACAGCAGAAACAGCUUGAACUGAUUCUUGCAAUCGCGAAACAUGGGAAUUUGUUGGAAAGCAAGAAGGGACCUAGUCGAGAUCAGGAAAGUGCAAAGGAAACUCGCAAACCUGCAGUUGAAAGAAUCAAGCAGAUGUCAAUUAACCAAAAUGAAGCUUUGGCUGUACAAAAAGAUAUUAGCAAUGAGAGUGUGUAGAAUUUGAUGAAUAUGCUCGGUAAUGCAAGAAAUUAAGCGCCUGAUUAUUUUGCUGUGUGCUCUAUUGGAGACUUAGUUCCUGUACUUGUAGCAAAUUUGUAGCAUGUCGAUGUAUGUUUUAUCAUAAUAUGAAUAUGAAUUCAUUUAAUUAUGAAUAUGAUAUAAUUUUUGGAA